CUGCCCACGGGCAGCAGCUGGUGCAAAUAGCUUGGCUGAAGAGUCUCUCUUCCCAGGAAGGAGGGAAGUCGACUUACUGAGCCAACGGACCCCCCUCACAGUUCCUGAGCUGGUGUCAAGCAGGUGACACUGUCUUCCUGCGGCCCCCAGCAUGUGGGCAGGCCUGGGCCCCACCGUCACAUUGGCCCUGGUGUUGGCGGUGGCAUGGGCCUCAGAGCUCAAGCCCACAGCACCACCCAUUUUCACGGGCCGGCCCUUUGUGGUAGCUUGGGACGUGCCCACACAGGACUGUGGCCCACGCCUCAAAGUACCACUGGACCAAAAGGACCUAAAAGCCUUUGAUGUGCAGGCCUCACCUAAUGAGGGUUUUGUGAACCAGAAUAUCACCAUCUUCUACCGCGACCGGCUGGGCCUGUAUCCACGCAUUGAUUCGGCCGGGAAGUCUGUGCAUGGUGGUGUGCCACAGAAUGGCAGCCACUGGGCACACCUGAAGAUGCUGCAGGAACAUGUGGAGCACUACAUUCGUUCGCAGGAGUCUACAGGGCUGGCAGUCAUCGACUGGGAAGACUGGCGGCCUGUGUGGGUGCGCAACUGGCAGGACAAAGAUGUGUACCGUCGGUUAUCACGCCAGUUGGUGGCCAGUCGACACCCUGACUGGCCAUCAGACCGCGUAGUCAAGGAAGCACAAUACGAGUUUGAGUUUGCUGCCCGGCAGUUUAUGCUGGAGACACUGCGCUUUGUCAAGGCAGUGCGACCUCGGCACCUCUGGGGCUUCUACCUCUUCCCAGACUGUUACAACCAUGAUUAUGUGCAGAACUGGGAGAGCUACACAGGCCGCUGCCCUGAUGUUGAGGUUUCCCGAAACGACCAGCUGGCCUGGCUGUGGGCUGAGAGCACAGCCCUCUUCCCCUCUGUCUACCUGGAGGAGACACUCGCUUCCUCUGCCCAUGGCCGCAAUUUUGUCAGCUUCCGUGUUCAAGAGGCUCUUCGUGUGGCUAACACCCACCACAAGAACCAUGCAUUGCCGGUCUACGUCUUCACGAGACCCACCUACAGCCGCAAGCUCACGGGGCUCAGUGAGAUGGAUCUCAUCUCCACCAUUGGCGAGAGUGCAGCCCUGGGAGCAGCCGGUGUCAUUCUUUGGGGUGAUGCAGCGUACACCACCAGCAAUGAGACCUGCCAGUACCUCAAGGAUUAUCUGAGUCGACUGCUGGCCCCCUAUGUUGUCAACGUGUCCUGGGCUGCCCAGUAUUGCAGCUGGACCCAGUGCCAUGGCCAUGGACGCUGUGUGCGCCGAGAUCCCAGCACCGAUACCUUCCUGCACCUCAGUGCCAGUAGUUUCCGCCUAGUGCCUGGUCAAGUAUCUGGUGAACCCCAGCUACAUCCAGAGGGGGAGCUCAGCCGGGCAGACCGCAACUACCUGCAAACACACUUUCGCUGCCAGUGUUACUUAGGCUGGGGUGGCGAACAGUGCCAAUGGGACCUCAGAAGAGCAGCUGGGGAUGCCAGUGGGGCCUGGCCUGCGUCCCACCUCAUCAGCCUACUAGCUCUGGCAGCCCUGGUUCUCACCUGAACUCUGUAGGGGUCUCUCCUGGCUGCCAUGCAAGCUGGCCUCUGCUACAAGGGCUCUGUCAGGCAUGUCAGAGCCUACAAGGGGUGGACAAACUGGAGCCGGGAAGGGGCAGAGCCCCUGGGAUACCCAGCAGGGUGUCCAUAUCAGCUCUCAUCCCCCUGUUCUAAGGGGGAGGGGCAGUCCCCUGGGAAGCCCCUUCUCUCCCUGGAGAGAGUACGAGGGGCACAGCUGGACCAGGGAGGAUCUGACCCUACUCCCCUGCCCCUGGAUAGUUUAAUUAUUAUUAUCAUCAUCAUCAUCUUCUUGGAAUUUCUUUUGUAAAUUAAAUAUAAAACAGCUGCUUCUGUGCUUGGACUGUGUACAUGAAGGCCAGGGUGUAUGAGAAAGACUCUGUGGUCUUCCAUGAGGCUUUAGUGCAAAUCUUGUCCACCGAGAUGCUUGCCAGGAACAUCUCAUUGUAAAAUGUGUUCACUGGGGCCUGGGGGCCCAGGAAUACCCUUCUCUGCAGUUAUUCUUCUGGGGCAGGGGCCACUGGGAGUGGAGGGACUCACAUUCUAUCCCAACACCAAGGAUCUUGUGUUCUCCACAUUGACCAGAAAGGACUUGGCCCCAACCUUGUGUGAGAGACAGAAUUCAUUGGGCUUUUGCUUGGCCCUGUAUCCCCAGCUGGAUCCGUACAAGAGGCCUCGCCUUGCCCAGCCCAGGGAGAAAAGGGGAAGUGGAUGUUUGAUCUUCCCUGGCUGGGCAAGUAGCCAGACCUCCCUGCUGUUCUCACAAGCAGGGAUGGAUCUCCUUGCCUUUCUGCUCUGCGGGGCAGUGAACAGUCACCACACACCUCCCCCAUCUGGAUUACAAUCCUCCACUGGGUAUGAUGGGAGGGAGGUAAGCAGGUACCUCCCUGGGUACCUGGGUCCUGAAUCCUGAGGUCUAGUCACUUACACACCGCAGAGACGUAUGAUGGGGUUAGAAUGCAACAUCCUGAACCUGGGAACAGGGACAUCAAAGAUGAGAGGACAUGGCUAGCCCCAGCUGUCCCAGGGGAGAGACGAGCACCUGGGGCAGUCAGAACAGCUCUGACCUGCCUCACCGGCUCUGUCUGAAGGGAGUCACUCUGGGUGGGUCCCUGCCCCUCUCAGCCUGUCCUUGUCAGUGUUAGCUCAGCCCCUGCCUUAGGAAACACUGGCACUGGGGAGACAAACUCAGUAGCAGCCAAGUGGUAAGGAGAGCAGCCCGACACGAGGCUUCUGGAGAGGUUGCUUCAAGAAGAACAGUCUACCAUGAAUUUUGGAAGGAGAGGGGGAAGCUCACUGCAAGGGUGACACUACACAGCUGUAAACUGUACCCACCUAGCUGUGAACCCUUCGUACAAAUCUGAUCACCUCACUUCCCCAGCAAGAGCUGUCCUGUGGGGCAGGUAAGGGAGCGGCCAGGGAGGUGGCUCAGGGCUGAGGCAUGCACAGCCAGAGCAAGCAGGCAGGGCUGGACCCUGAAGCUGGACUAACUCCAGGCGCACACACACACCCCACUUGUACCAAUCCAACCAGCCCAACCUGGCAGUAACAGGCCUGUGGACAGAACCCUGGGUGGGGGAGGGGUUCAGGCACCCCCAGCUUCUUCCUGUUAUUCCACUACCAGAGCUUCUUCCUGGACUGAGGCCAGCUAGAGGAUGCUGACUAAAUGUGCCAAUUGCAGCAUUCGGUGUCUAGGGACCCAGGAGGUAGCAUGAGCCUCACGGAAAGGGCGUCUUCUGUCUCCACAGCCUUUGGGAGCUGUGCCAGGCUCUCUGGGCCUAAAGGUCACCACUCUGGGACCCUGCUUCCUGAACAGGAGCAGUGCCUACACCUCAGGCUAGAACAGGUUGUGGCUGAUGUGCCCACAGUCCCCAGCACUCUGGACGCCCCCUCCCCUUUAGCUCCACCAGCUUCUCCAUCCUAGCCAUUCUGGAAAACCAAGCCCCUCUGGUAGCCAGCUGUGUCACUGCACCAGUGAUCACUGGGGAGGUUGGAGGGGGCUCAGACUCAGACUUUCACCUGGGCCAGAGGCUUGAUAGUCCCUCACCCCACGCUGGCAGGCAAGCCUGGGCCCGACAGGUCUCAAUCACCAGCUCUGGAGCAGCAAACAAGUGAAAACAGAGGAAUGAACAAGCAUGUGGUCAUGGUACCCUGUGCUUGUAACCGCAGUCACAGUCAUGGUCACACACAGGGUCACACAGUCUCAGUACUUGGCGGCACACACACACAUACACUACUGGAGUUGUGCAGACCAGAUGGUCACUAGCUGGGGCUUCAUAAGACAGAAGCACUCACCCAACAUAUGUCCAAAGGGUAACACCACAGCCCUGAUUUCAGUGCGUUUCAGAAACAGAUCCCUCAAGCAGGAGUGACUGCUCUGGUAGGCACAGAGCCAUGGCCCCCAACC